AUGCUUGAAGUUAUGCAAGGAGAAGUUCUUCCAAUGAACUGUGAUUUGCAGAACCCAGGGGAAUCUACAAUGAUUACUUGGCUUUUUAACAAUUCUACUAAUCUCCCUAAUAAUGUAUCAAUCCAGUCUGACGGGGCUUGGUUGCACAUUGUUGAUGCCCAAAUUGCUAACCAUCAGGGAAUCUAUACUUGUUUGGUUGAAAAUUCUGUAGGAAAAGCUAGAAGGGAAUUUAAUGUGAACAUUCUGGAACCACCUCGAUUCAUUGAUACGACUAAUACAAAAUAUUUGUUACUCGAGGGCCAGACUAUAAUGCUGGAUUGUACAUUAAAGGGAGCACCUUGGCCUAAAAUUAUUUGGAAAAAGGUGGGUAACUAA